AUGGCGACCGAGCCCUUGCUGACCGAAGGCCCGGACAAAGCGCCCACCAAACCCUUCGAUGGAUUCGUGGCCCGGCCCGGAGGCAAGGUGACCGACAGGCCCCACCUGAUCAACGCCUGGUCGCUGGCCCACGCGUCGAUGCUGGCCUACAGGGACGAGGCCACUGUGAAGCGGACGUGCGGCGAGUGGGGGUUCAAGUUCGUGCGAACUCUGGGCUACGAGGGCAGACUGGGCUUCGACACAGAGUGCUAUGUGGCGGCGAACGAGGAGAUAGUCGUGGUGGCCUUCCGCGGUACGGAGCCCACGUCAUGGAGGGACUGGGUCAGCGACCUGAACGCGCUGAAGACCAGGUCGGGCCCCUUCAACUCCUACGUGCACCAGGGCUUCCUGAACGGCCUGCUGAAGCGGGUGGACGGCACGAGCAUACGCGACGAGGUGGUGAAGGAGGUGUCCGAGCUCAUUGGCGACCGGGCGGUGUACAUUACGGGCCACAGCCUGGGCGCCGCCCUGGCCACGCUCUGCACCGCGUUCCUCCUGGACACGGGGAAAAUCAAGGUGGAGGGCCUCUACACGUACGGCUCCCCGCGCGUGGGCACUCAUCGCUUCGCUAACGUUGUGAUGAAGAAGUCGGGGGGGAAGGUCUACCGGUUUGUGAACAAGGAAGACCUGGUGGCGCGCGUGCCCAAGGUGCUCUACCACCACGUGGGCAAUUGGUGGUACAUGAGCGGCAAGAACCAGACCCUGACCAAGAACCCGGGCUUCUGCCAGCUGCUGAAGGACAGGAUAUGCAUCGACUUUGACUACUUCCCGGACAGCAUCGCCGACCACAGCAUCAAGCACGGGUACGUUGUGGGCCUUUGGAAGAACAUCGCCAGUAGGUACGACGUCCCUGACAGUACGCCAGGGGGCACGGCGUGGGAGAGCUGA